CGGAAAUACAGAAGGCAACGGUAAGGGUCAUGCAGUUGUUGGUGUACUUGUCUGAUAUAUUAUGAUAUUGUUAAAUCACCAGUCGCAUUUAAUAAUAUAUUUGCUUUAAACGUUUUGUUGCUGAUAAUAAUGCGGACGUCUGCAAGAGUCGUGUUUUUGGCGAGUUGUCAGAUUUAAUAUGUACAGUGGAAAUCUGCCGCCGGGUCUCAGUGAGGCUGACCUGAGCUCUGAGGAUGAGGAGGAUGAUGAAGCAGCAGCAGCAGCAGAAAACACUCCAGGCAAGGAGCUCUCACGUCAGUCAGACACAGAGCCACGUUCAGUUUGUGUACAGGUGGAAUGUACAAAAACUGGUCUGCACAAUGAUGCAUUUGGAAAUGAUUGUCUUCUUGGAGUUUUCUUGGUUAAGUGGCAAAAGUUCAAAGAGCUCCAGCGAGCAAAGUUGUAUCAGAGAAUGAAGGAACCGCAAACAAAGUGGAAAAGGCGCCAGAAGAAAGGUGGGGCACAGAAUUGUGACACUGAGCAGAAAAGGGAGCCUGAAGAGAAACGAGAGGAGCACUGGAAGGAGCUCACACAGUAUUUUAGCAUCAAUGAUAGACUCAAGCCGCCUCCUUGUAGCAGACCUCCUCACAUGUCAGGCCUGGAAAAGAGCAUAGAGAGUGCCAUCGCUGAAGGGGACUAUGGGAAGGCGGAAGAACUGAGUGACAGACUUGCUACUCGAGAGCUGGCCGUGAAAAUCGCACAAGCCGCCGAUUGCCGUGACUUUACCCGCACCAAACAGGAAGCGGAGGCUUCCCAGGCAGCCCGAAAAAGGAGGAAGCAAAUCGCUUGGGGGUUUGAAGCAAAGAAAAGAUGGGAAACCAAAAGCAAUAUGGGAUUCAUGUGACAUUCGCCGCAGUUAAAACAUUUAUAUAAAGAUGAGUAAUGAUUUAGCAUUUUGAUAAUUGUUUAAAGAUGUAAUCUUUUUAUAAUAGUGU